UUGAGAGCUCGUCGUACCUUUGGUGGGGUGUCUCUUCACGCAGCAGCGGUCGUCUACACUGAGGCGGGCUGGCAGCCCUGAGCGUCGCAGUCAUGCCGGCCGGACCCGUGCAGGCGGUGCCUCCGCCGCCGCCGGUAGUCACCGAGCCCAAACAGCCAACUGAAGAAGAAGCAUCUUCAAAGGAGGAUUCUACCCCCUCUAAGCCAGUGGUGGGGAUUAUUUAUCCUCCCCCAGAGGUCAGGAACAUCGUAGACAAGACUGCCAGCUUUGUGGCCAGAAAUGGGCCUGAAUUUGAAGCUAGGAUACGACAGAAUGAGAUCAACAACCCUAAAUUCAACUUCUUGAACCCCAAUGACCCUUACCAUGCCUACUACCGCCACAAGGUCAGCGAGUUCAAGGAGGGGAAGGCUCAGGAGCCCUCGGCCGCCAUCCCCAAGGUCAUGCAGCAGCAGCAGCAAGCCACCCAGCAGCAGCUGCCUCAGAAGGUCCAAGCGCAGGUAAUCCAAGAGUCCAUCGUGCCCAAAGAGCCCCCUCCUGAGUUUGAGUUCAUCGCCGACCCUCCUUCCAUCUCAGCCUUUGACCUGGAUGUAGUGAAGCUGACAGCUCAGUUUGUGGCCAGGAAUGGGCGCCAGUUUCUCACCCAGCUGAUGCAGAAAGAGCAACGCAACUACCAGUUUGACUUUCUCCGCCCACAGCACAGCCUCUUCAACUAUUUUACGAAGCUAGUGGAGCAGUAUACUAAGAUCUUGAUUCCACCCAAAGGCUUAUUUGCAAAGCUCAAGAAAGAAGCUGAAAACCCUCGAGAAGUUUUGGAUCAGGUGUGUUACCGAGUGGAGUGGGCCAAGUUCCAAGAGCGUGAGCGGAAGAAAGAGGAGGAGGAAAAGGAGAAGGAGCGGGUGGCCUAUGCUCAGAUUGACUGGCACGAUUUUGUGGUGGUGGAGACCGUGGACUUCCAGCCUAAUGAGCAAGGGAACUUCCCUCCCCCCACCACGCCGGAGGAGCUGGGUGCCCGCAUCCUCAUUCAGGAGCGCUAUGAGAAGUUUGGGGAGAGUGAGGAGGUCGAGAUGGAGGUUGAGUCUGAUGAGGAGGAUGACAAACAGGAGAAGUCAGAGGAAGCCCCUUCCCAGCUGGACCAAGAUACCCAAGUGCAGGACAUGGACGAGGGUUCAGAUGAUGAGGAGGAAGGGCAGAAAGUGCCCCCACCCCCAGAGACACCCAUGCCUCCACCUCUGCCCCCGACUCCAGACCAAGUCAUUGUCCGCAAGGACUAUGAUCCUAAAGCUUCCAAGCCCCUGCCUCCGGCCCCAGCUCCAGAUGAAUAUCUUGUGUCUCCCAUUACGGGGGAGAAGAUUCCUGCCAGCAAAAUGCAGGAACACAUGCGAAUUGGGCUUCUGGACCCCCGCUGGCUGGAACAGCGGGAUCGCUCCAUCCGAGAGAAGCAGAGCGAUGAUGAGGUUUACGCACCAGGUCUGGAUAUUGAGAGCAGUUUGAAGCAGUUGGCUGAGCGGCGUACCGACAUCUUUGGUGUGGAAGAAACAGCCAUUGGUAAGAAGAUUGGUGAGGAGGAGAUCCAGAAGCCAGAGGAAAAGGUCACCUGGGAUGGUCAUUCAGGCAGCAUGGCCCGGACCCAGCAGGCUGCCCAAGCCAACAUCACCCUCCAAGAACAGAUUGAGGCCAUCCACAAGGCCAAAGGCUUGGUGCCAGAAGAUGAUACCAAAGAGAAAAUCGGCCCCAGCAAGCCCAAUGAAAUCCCCCAGCAGCCGCCACCCCCCUCGUCAGCCACGAACAUCCCCAGUUCGGCUCCACCCAUUACGUCAGUGCCCCGGCCUCCUGCAAUGCCACCUCCUGUCCGUACUACAGUUGUAUCUGCAGUGCCUGUCAUGCCUCGCCCACCAAUGGCAUCUGUGGUCCGAUUGCCACCGGGUUCAGUGAUUGCUCCCAUGCCACCCAUCAUUCACGCACCCAGGAUCAACGUGGUGCCCAUGCCUCCCUCUGCGCCUCCAAUCAUGGCACCCCGUCCACCCCCCAUGAUUGUACCUACAGCUUUUGUGCCUGCCCCACCUGUGGCUCCUGUCCCAGCCCCGGCUCCAAUGCCUCCUGUGCACCCUCCACCUCCCAUGGAGGAUGAGCCUGCCUCCAAGAAACUGAAGACGGAGGACAGCCUCAUGCCUGAGGAGGAGUUCCUGCGCAGGAACAAGGGUCCAGUGUCUAUAAAAGUACAGGUGCCCAACAUGCAGGACAAGACGGAAUGGAAGCUCAAUGGGCAGGUGUUGGUCUUCACCCUCCCACUUACAGACCAGGUCUCUGUCAUCAAGGUAAAGAUUCACGAAGCCACAGGCAUGCCUGCGGGGAAACAGAAACUACAGUAUGAGGGCAUCUUCAUCAAGGAUUCCAACUCUCUGGCUUACUACAACAUGGCCAAUGGAGCUGUCAUCCACCUGGCCCUCAAGGAGAGAGGUGGCAGAAAGAAAUAGAAGAGCGAUCUGCCAUCGAGUCCCUGUUUAUCCUCUCACGUUCUCCAUGCUCUGCUCUGACCAGGAGAUUACCUGAGAUCUCAGGCAUCGCCUUUGCAUUUAUUCCCCUCCUACUCAGUUGUCCUACAGAAGUCUGCCCCACCCUCCCAUACAAGGGUAAGAGUAGCAAGGCUUUCUGAGCCGGUGUCUGGAAUCCCUUUGUGUUAGAGUCUUGAUUUGAGGCCCUUUUCUUCCCCAGCCCUGUAGGUGCUGUGAAUGCAAGAAUGGCCUACAGAAUGAUUUUGCAGUGCCACAUGGCACUUGGCUGAUAGACUAUGAUUGUUUUGUUUUUCAUCAUUUUGUACUUUGCGAUGGUGUGUCUAAUAAACUCUUGGACCGUUUUAGUGAAAGCAGCUUAAUAAGACUUAUCCCUU